AUGUCGGAUGCCUCGGCGCAGAUGUCGAGAGGACCCGCACGGAUCCGGACCCCGAACCCUGCCCCGAUGCGCCGCACGAGAUUGCCGUCGGUGGACGCGGGCGGCUCGAGAGCUCGUGGAACAACGUCUGCGACGGGCAAUCGGGUGGUCACUGGUGGCCGCCCGUCCAUCAGCAGUAUGGGCAGCAUCAACGCCGGCGGCAGCAACAGCGGCGGCGCGCCUCUGCGGACACCGGGUCACCGAUCAACCGUGUCGCGCAACAGCAACUACAAGAUCCCUGCGUCAAACUCGUUAUCGCACAUCCGCCUACUUACGGCGCAGAUGCAGCGGCUCGAGGCCAGAGUGCACUCGGUGCGCUCCAAGCUUCCGGCGCCCGGCAGCGGCGGCAGCACUCCGCCUCGCCCGGUUUCGCGACCCCCGAUACUCGCCGCACCACCUCCCACCGCGCCGACGUCGCUCACCGUUCGAUCGCGCAAGCGAGCCACCACGCAGUCAACCGUAUCCACGGUAUUUACUGGAGACGACUUGACGCCCACUAGCAGUUAUGCUUCGUCAUCUAGGACUAGCCACACGCCUCGGCUUAGCACGUCGGGCGUUAACAAGCUCUCGUUUGGCACGCUAUCCAGCGGUCACGGCCGGGGCAACGAAUCGGAGUCCAGCCGGCCGGUCUCGCGGGCCAGCCACACCUCUUACGGCAGGCCGCCGUCUCGCAACGAUCUGCCUCCACCACCGCGGCCAAUGUCGCGAAGCUCCUUCUCGGCAGGAACUCGGACUCCCCUCGGCCGGCCAGCGUCCUCUUUCGGCAACUCUGGACGCGGACACUCUGGUAGUGUGAGCGGCGUCGACCUGCUGGGAGAGGACUAUGAACCCGUUUACCGCACGCCUAGCAGGCGAGGCACGUUUUCCACCAGGUACGAUUUAGGAGCAGGCAUCAGCGGCAUCCCGACGCCGGGCAAGCGGAAGCAGGAGAAUCAGCCUUAG